AUGACUCCCCCUGAGCAACAAACCGAGGUGGUUGCUCCAUCAGCUCGAUCACUAAAGGUAAAGAGCUUGUCAAAGGGGAACAGCUCCAGAAAGGAUUCACUUUCUUUAUCCAACCUUAGAGACUCAACUGUAUUGCCGAUUUUACCUAAUGAUGAUAUCGAUGAAGAUGAAAUAACAUAUGUUUCCGGUGAGAGGAAUCAAUUUGGAUGGUCCAAACAGCCUCAAAGAGAACCCUCGCCUCCAAAUAAGGUGAACUGUGUUGCAAGUGGUAGGACAGAGGGAAAUUUGGCACCGUCUGUGUACUCUGACCAACAAAGAGGUAUUCAAAAUGACAGAGCUGAGAAGGAAAAUGAUUGCCUAGUACCAACAUAUGGACAAGACAGAACAAGAAAAGCAAGCAAGAGGGUAGAUAACAACCAGUUAUCUACCGUGGAAGACAAAAGGAAGACAGGCUCUCGUGCUAAACAUGCAAAUCUAUCACAUGUUGAGAAUAGAUAUUCUGAUCCUGAUGAUGAUUUUAAUGCUCUGCUGAAGGAUGAGGAAGAACUUGUAACUGCUCACCGCAGACAAGUGGAGGAAACGGUAGAUAUUGUUAGGGAGGAGAUGAAUUUACUCUUUGAAGCUGAUCAACCAGGAAAUCAAUUGGAUGCUUACAUUUCCAAAUUGAAUACCAUUUUGUCUCAAAAGGCGGCAGGAAUAUUUCAACUGCAGACUCAGUUGGCUCAAUUCCAGAGACGUUUAAACGAGUACAACAUUUACUCAUCCUCGGGUGACUGA